AACUGGUAAACUUGAAUCGAAUGUGACGUUAGACAUUUGCCGAGAAGCGAAACUCUCCUCUAUAUAGAGAAAAUAUAUUAUUUUGCUAAAUAAAUUCCAAGUUAAACUUCAAGUUGCAAUAUAAUCUAAUAAGUAUUGCUAGUUAAUAAGACGGCCAUGUAUGAUCGAAAAUUGAAAGUAGUUAUGGGUAUACUCCUGAUUGUUUCUUAUUGUUUAGCGGACCUUAAAGAAGAUAAUGAAAAUGAAACAUUGGAAAAAACUGCUACAGACAAAUCUAGAGGUUUUAAUUCAAAUAUAAAAUGGUUGAAUGAUCUUGAUCAGGCAAUAACAAUGGCUAAAGAUAGUGACAAGCUGAUAUUUCUCUUAUUGCACAAAUCAUGGUGUAGAGCUUGCAAAGAAUUAAAGCCAAGUUUUUCAUCUGACAACGAAUUGUUAGAACUAAGUAAGAAAUUUAUUAUGGUAAAUUUGGAAGAUGACGAAGAGCCAAGAGACGAUAAAUAUUCUCCUGAUGGUGGAUACAUACCAAGAGCUUUUUUUUUACAGAAGAAUGGUGAACCGAUCUUAAGUCUAUACAACAAAGAAGGAAAUGAAAAAUAUAAAUACUAUUAUAGCUUCUCUUCACAAGUCGUAAAAUCAAUGAAUGAAGCUUUAAGUUCUGAAACUAAUAACAAGCUAAACUCAGAAUUAUGA